CUUCUCAGUAGUCAGUGCAAGUGGAUACAGUUGAACCAACAACUACCAAGUUUGUCUAUUUUCAUUAGGUGAAAAUAACCAAAUAUACAAUUAGUGACUACAUGAUCUGAAUUCUAUGAAGUAUCGAACACUGAUAUCAACUUCAUAAGCCAUAUGUACAACACCUAGGAAGGAGAAAAGCAAGCUUUAGGUUGGGAAACACUUAAAUAACAGUACGUGUCCUAGACCAAGUGACACAAACAUUUUGCACUUGAAUAUACUUUUUUAAAUUUGCGGUUGCUAUGGCAACGAAGUCGAAAUAUAUUCGAAUGGAGAUGAAUUCGUAUGAUAAUAGAGACAGUGAUUCAGAUGGGAGUAACGAUAGAGUGAAUAGGGGUGGUAGAAAGCAAAGACAACGACAGAAUAAUAGUUCUAAUACUGGUAAUGUUACAUUAGACUCGAAUGGGAAGGUGAUACGAGGCAGCGCUAAUGCCCGGGAGAGGGACAGAACCCAUAGUGUAAACUCUGCCUUUGUUACUUUACGUACAUUAAUACCUACAGAACCCGCCGAUAGAAAAUUAUCAAAAAUUGAAACACUUCGCUUAGCAACCAGUUACAUUUCACAUCUGAAUACUGUGUUGAUGAUGGGGGGCAAUGCGUUUGACCAGCCAUGUUUAAAACAUCAGUUGAUGUUAAGGAGGGACGGCACCACUCAACCAAAAACAGUGUGCACAUUUUGUAUGGCUGCUUCGAAAACAAAACAGAUGCGUCCUGAAAGCUGUAUGUAUAAGGACAUUCGACCCGAUGAUCUAUCAAUGCAGAACAUAUUCAGACUUGGCACCUGACCUUGACAUUGGGAUGAAACAAGAAUUUGAACCUAACAUUAAGUGUUGAUGGCCUGGAGUACUGGACAAUGGAAUGCUGGGUAAAAGUCAUCAUGCAUUUAAACCAUGUCGCGACCCGGUCUAGAACUCUUAAAAUAGUUACCUUUCUGCCCCAUUUGACUGCUAAAGGGACCUUUUUCAAAUACAUGGAAUCAUAGACAUGGAACAAGCAGUGAUAUUUUAUUCUUGUGAAGAAAAACGCAUUGGCCUCAGUUAAAAUUGCACCGGUCAGUACACUUGAAGCUUACUGAAACAGUCAGUGGUACAUUUGAAUUAGAUAAAAUAGUGCCAUUGGAGAAACUGGGGUCGACGCUAUUAUUGACAACGUUU